GAAGAAACGCGUUUUAUACAUUAUUUGGUAAUCAAUCAAUCACUUUCCUUCUCUUUUAUCAUCAUCUUCAACCGAUCAUGAUCAUACGGAAUAUAGCCAAUAGCAAUGUGCUAUCGAUAGCACGAUCAGGGAUCAUUCAUCAACACUUAGGCGAGAGCUGCACGGCCAUAAUACAGAGAAAUGCUUAUAGCAGUGGAACAACGAAAAAACAUGGCAAAACACCACCUCCAAAACCACUUUCAUCAAGAUUUCAAAAAGGUAAUUCACUCACUUUAGAACAUUUUUUGUUACACGAAAAAUGUAUGAAAUUAUGGAGAGAUUUUUUACGUGCUUCACGUAAUAUUCCAAACCCUAUCGCAAGACGUGAAACGGUUGAUUGGCUGAGGGAUGAACAUUUUGAAGGUGCUUAUGGAUUACGAAAUGAAACGGACGUGACACGGAUAAGGGAAUUACUCGUCGCGGGAAAUGUGGCUCUGAAACGGGUUUGUGGACCAAUGGAAUUGGUUGCUGCACUCAAUCCCAAACAUGGCUCAUUCCUAAAGUUACGCGGUAAAAGAGGGUAAAACAUCAUAGACGAUUAAAUGUACAACACAUGUAUUCUAUCAAAACAAUCGU